AUGGACGACUACGAUGAGGAUGGAAACCUCGUGACAGCUGCCACUCAUGGCGGAUACGUGAACCCUUUCGAAAACCGAUGGGAAUCACAGAAUUACCGGGUGGUGGAAGAACAAAAGAGAGAAGCGAGAAAACGCAAAGCCAAAGAGCUAGUAAAGACCAAGGAGUUCAUCCCACUGACGAACGACAGCGAGGACGAGUCGACGAGUCGGACUGCGGCGAUACAUCCCACAUAUACGACAAAUGCCCUGGCCAAGGACAGAGCUAAGAUCAAGUACGAAUUGGCGCUGGUUGCACAGCACAUGCAGAAUGGAAAGAUGCUCAAGCCCAAAGCGAAGAAGCUCCGGGACAGUCUCAUGACGGUCAACAAGAAGUGGCGGGAAGAACAGGAACAAUGCCGCGUGGCAAAGACAACGGAGCCUGAGAAAAAGAAGCUCCAACGGAUGCUGGAAAACCCCAUCGGCGAAAGCGUGGCCACCAUCAACGGUGUGCUAGAUAUGCCAUAUUGCCCUGACAACGCUGGACGAAACAAUCCAAACAACGCAUCUGCCAACAGCAUGGGUUGGAAGCGCUGUCGGAAACCUACCCGUCACAGCGAAGAAGACGGUGGAAUUGCGGGUCAUUCUGAGAACGGCCGCUGGACAGUCAAGCUGCCUGGAAAGCAGCUGUUCUACGUGGUCGACGACAACUACGAGCUCAUUGUGAGCAAAUAUGCCCUGAUGUCGAUUGGACUCGACAUGGAUCGAUUACUCGAGCAAGCUGCCCGUGCAAACGACAAACAGCUGGACAUGGAAGACAUGCGAGCUGCUGAAAACCUCUACAAGAUGGCAACUACAUCCGCGAACGCCGCUGACCAAGCACAGGCUGCGGCAUUUAAGCAACUACGAGGAAUCGUAGUCGAUGCCGCCGCCAAAGGAGUAUGGCGAACCAAGUUCAGAGGCACAGGCCUCCCGGCGAAUGUGAAGGCGAUGGAAAUACGACUCAAGGCGGAUGCAUGCCCCAAUCGUUGCAAACCUAGAAAGGUGAACCCUUUGACGGGCAUGUUCGUCGAAGCGUUUAGCAAACAGCUGGAGCAAGACCAAGUUAUUUAUGCCAACAGCUCAAGCUCCCAUUGCAGCCCCGUCAACCCGGUUAUGAAACCAGAAGGAAAGAAACUCGUCAAGACCAGCGAUAAGUGGACAAUCGAAGAACUGUUGCAGUAUUUUCGUCUUACGAUCGACUACAGAAUCAUCAAUAGCGAAACGAUCCCACUUGUCGCUGGUGCCAUGCCGUUCCAGUUCCUCGUAUUAGAAAACGUCCUCGGCUUGUUCCACCUUACGUAA